AGGUUGGGUAGUUGGUGAGGCGUGUAGGGUGAGGUGGAGGAGCUGGUCUGACUAGGGGGACUGAGAAGUAUGUCGGGAGGACGUGUGUUGGCGAUCUUGGCGACGGCGGUCUGUCUGUGUUCGUGCCGGGCACAGAGGUGGAUUUCAGGGGGAGAUGACCAGGAUGGCACGGCGCUUAGAGACAUACCUGCAUGCGACAGCCCCGUGUACUGCUAUGGACCCCUUCUGAACGCCGUGCAGUCGACUCGGGUACUUCAAGGACCCCAAGACCUUCGUCGAUAUGAGCAUGAAGUCGGACCCAGAGGACAUCCUGGGAGCGUUCGACGACAUGCGAGCCCGUGGCCAGGACGUCCGGUCCCGCGAGGUGAUGAGGAGGUUCGUGUCGCAGUGGUUCUACGGGCCAGGCGCCGAGCUGGAGGACUGGGAGCCGUCCGACUGGCAGGAGAGACCCAGUUUCCUGAACGGCAUCAGGGAUGAGAACUACCGACAGUGGGCAGAGGACCUCCAUGGCUUGUGGAAGAAACUUUCCAAAAGGGUCAGUCGUGACGUCAGAGACUACCCAGAACGCCACUCGUCUAUGUACCUGCCGUACCCAUUCAUCACGCCAGGCGGCGAGCACAGGGAGGUGCAGUACUGGGACACUUACUGGACUGUUCGUGGACUGUUGCUGUCAAAUAUGCUGGAGACAGUGCAGGGGAUGCUAGAAAAUUUCGCCGAAAUGGUCCAAAGGUUCGGUUACGUUCCCGGAGGGGGGAGGGUCUAUCAAAGUAAGCACAGCGGACCGCCCCUGCUCAUCCCCACCGUCCUGGAGUAUCUUGAACACUCCAAUGACAUCACUUUGAUCAGAAGCCUUCUUCCUACCCUAGAGAGGGAGUACGACUUCUGGAUGACCAACCGGACAGUGGACAUCCGGGGAAGUGACGGUUCCAUGCACACCCUCAACCGUUACCACGUACUGGUGGGGCAGUCAAGGCCCGAGGCUUGGCGCUUAGACGAGCGAACAGCAAGGUCCCUUCCACGUGGUGCGGACCCCGCUGACUUCCACUCCCACGUGGCCACAGCGGUGGAAUCGGGCUGGGAGUUUUCCUCUCGCUGGUUGGCUGACGUGGGCCCCCAGGCUCGCACCCUGGCCAGUAUCAGGACCCGUAACAUCGUGCCCGUGGACCUAAACGCCAUGAUGUGUCUCAGCGAGGUGGCCUUGGCUCGCAUCUACCAAAGAGCAGGUGACCGCAGGAAGGCAGGGUACUACAACAGUGCCGCAGCGCGCAGGCGUGUGGCCAUGGAUAAGCUGCUGUGGAGCGAGAGGAGGGGGGCGUGGUUCGACUACGACUUACAGGCGGAGGGCAGGAGGGACAGGUUCUACAUAUCUAAUGUUUGGCCACUGUGGGCAAAGUGCUAUGGCAAUGGCAUGGGAGAUGCCAAUAUAGAAGCUAGGGUCCUCAGCUACCUGAAGCAAUACACGGAUGUGUUGAACUACACGGGGGGUGUACCAGCCUCACUACAGGAGAGCGGCCAGGCCUGGGACUACCCGUACGGCACCGCGCCCAACCACUUUGUCCUGAUCGAGGCCCUGUCGGUCAGCCAGCUGACGGAGGCUAAGAACACGGCCCUGAACCUGACCCGCAAAUGGCUGGAGACUAACUACAGGGACUGGGUGCACACUGGAGCCAUGUGGGACAAGUAUAACGUGAUCACAGGCCGACAUCCACGCCACAGUGACGAGGAAGAGGAUGUUAAGGACGGUUACGGAUGGACCAAUGGCGUGGCUCUUCACCUCCUGGACAAGUACGGCAACCUGCUGAAGGCGCCUGAUGUCAGCGGAUCACCUGACAAUCACGCGUCUGCCACCAUUCUCCUCAUUGGAUGUCUGAUGACUGUUUUAAUGACUUCUGUUUGAAAUUGAUACAAUAUGAUCUGAUGGGUUGAAAUGAUAGGAUCUGCCAAUUGCAAGGCUCUUAAUGAAACUUGUGGAACACCUUGAAAUACAAAAAGAAAAAAGAAAAUUACGGUAAACUAGAAAGG